AUGGCGUACCCAACCAAUCUCCAACAAUGGCCGGUUUUUCCUGAAAGUCUUGACCCCGCGUACACGACCAGCGAUCCCAACGAACACGAUUACCUUGCUCCUCAGGUAGAAGGGUCGUACACCCAUGGCGGCAUGCCAGUGUAUGUCAGCCCUCAAUAUUUCCAAACCCAACAAAACUUGCUCGCCUUUAAGAGCCCGUACGAAGAUGGUUCAGCGUCGAUCGGACCGUUGUAUAUCUUCGAAGAGGCCGAGGGUUCCCCCUCCUCAUCGUCUACCGGUUCCCUGCUCUCCACCCCUGCCACCUACCGUCAAAGGUCUCUUCCCCUCCCUGAAGUGCGGCAGGCACCCAUCCGGGACGAACCUACCGACCAAGAUAGCGACUAUCAGGACGACAGACAAAGCGACGACGAUGACGAUGAAUACGUCCCAUCCAACGACCUCUCGACUAGUCGCAAGCGCCGUCGAGCACCCUCCAAACCUUCUCGCCAACCCAAAGCAUCGACUUCGGCUCGUGUCACCAAGCCCCUCCCAGCUCGAAAGACUAAAAAGUCCAACGGUCAACCUCCCGCUAAGCGCCCUCGCAUCGCGUCCUCUUCGCGCUUCCCCCAGGCUGACGGUGCUAUCGCGGACCUGAUCCGAAGAGCGCUCGAGAGUCCCACCGCUGUGGACUUGAACUUUUUCUGCCCGGUCUGCAGGACCGCCCAAGGCAAUAAGCGCAUGCCCGACUUCAAGCGUCACCUCAGUGCUCACAUCCGUGCUUCGCCCAGCGACGAGUCCAAAGGCUGGUGGUGCAAGGGUUUGUUGUACAGCGAAUUCCUCACCUAUUCGCAUAAGGAACAGGACCAGAUUCGACGCAGCUGUAGCAGCGACGGCGAGGUUUACAUGUUCAACGGCAAACAGCGUAUUGGUGGUUGCCGAAUGACCUUCAGCCGACGCGACGCGUUGAAAAGGCACCUCAACAAUAAGGGUGGCAUUUGCUAUGGAAAGGCCUGCGCUGCCGGUGACAACUAA